AGGUAAUGACCAAGACUGGGGAGUGGCCGGUGUAGCCCAGAGGAGAUCUUCUGGGAGGAGGAGCGAGCGGGAUUCCCACUGGGUGGAGAACCUUAUGGUCCAGGAGCUGGAGCACUUCGACCCUCCCUUCAAGUUGUGUCUCCACAAGCGGGACUUCAUUCCCGGCAAAUGGAUUAUCGACAACAUCAUCGACUCCAUCGAGAAGAGCCACAAAACCAUCUUUGUGCUUUCUGAAAACUUUGUGAGGAGUGAGUGGUGCAAGUACGAGCUGGACUUCUCCCACUUCCGUCUGUUUGAUGAGAACGAUGCUGUCAUUCUCAUUCUUCUGGAGCCCAUUGAGAAAAAGGCCGUUUCCUGCAGGAAGUGUUUGGGUUGAAGAAUAAUGGUAGUUUUUAAAAUGGAAAUAUAUACAGAAUGAAAUAUUCUCAGUUUUCAAAACUUGGUUCUGUGUUGAUUUAGAAUUUUACUGUUGUUUUGCACAGGCAAUA